CGGCGGACGGACCCUGGCGCCGCGCCACCGCCAGCACCGCCAGACGGACCGACCGAGCCGCACCGCACAGACGGCCUGGGUGCGCCCCUGCCGACCGGGCCAGCACCCCAUCCGCCCGGCAUUCAACGACCGCUAGACGGGCGCGCCGGUCCCGGAGUGCGCAUGUUUCGGAGAAGUGCAAGUUGUCUCGCAGUGAGGGCACUGGAUCAGUGUCCACGGUGAACGUGGAUGCGGUGGACGGUGACCUGCAGACGAACAGCUAUUGUGAAGUUUGUGAUGUGGGCAGAUCCAGGGCAAAUGGACCAGCGGCGUCUUCGUGACAGAACGAACUGAGACGGACGAGCGUACUGCUGCGCCGCAGACCAUCAGGAGUCAGGACUCUGCUGCAGGAGCAGGACGGGACCAUUAGCGGAUCAGGACAGCACCAGGAGCGGGCAAAGACAGGAUCAGGACAGAGCCAGGAUGACCGCCGAGGAGGGGGACCACUCGGAGCAGUCGCGGCUGCUCUCCAGCGCCGCGGACGGCCAGGACAGUUCUUACUCGGCGUGCAGUGAGCCCGGUGACGGGGCCGCGCAGCCCGGGGAGGGCGGCCCGCCGGCGCCGCUCAGCCGCGAGCAGCGGCUGCUGCUGGCCUGUCUGUGCGCCGGCAGCCUGCUCGGCGGCUGCCUGGUGGCCCUGAUGAUCCCGUUCUUCCCGGUGGAGGCGGCUCGGCGCGGCGUCUCCGAGACGGUGACGGGCGCGGUGUUCAGCUGUUUCGCGGCCACCCAGCUGCUGACGUACCCAGCGGUGGGCCGGGCCGUGCCGCGGCUGGGCGUCACGCGCUCCUACAGCGCCGGCCUGCUGCUGGCCGCGCUCUCCACCGCCGCCUUCGGCCUGCUGCCGCUGAUCGCCGACACCACCGCCUUCAUCGCCGCCUGCUUCGUGACGCGCGCCGUGGAGGCGGUGGCCACGUGUUUCAUCAACACGGCCUCGCUGACGGUGGUGGCGCACAGGUUCCCCGGCCGCACCAACACGGCCAUCGGCACCAUCGAGACCAUGACCGGCGUGGGCGUGUCGCUGGGCCCGGCGGUCGGCGGCGGCCUCUACCGGCUGGCCGGCUACGGGCUGCCGUUCUACGCGCUGGGCGGCCUGCUGGCCGCGGCCGCCGCCGUCACCGGCGCGCUGAUGCCGUCCGUGGCGCCGCCGGAGCGGCGCGCCGGCCCGCUGUGGCCGCUGGUGCGCGUGCUGCUCACCACCGGCGAGGCGUGGCUCUGCUGCCUGGUGCUGCUGGCCGUCUCCAUGAACUGGACGGCCAUCGACCCCGGCAUCGGGCCCUACGUGCUGUCGGCGGUCGGCGUCUCGCCCUCGGAGCUGGGCCUGUUCUUCCUGGGCGCCACCGGCACCUUCUGCGUGUUCAGCCUGGCCUGGGGCCGGCUGCACGACCGCGUCCGCAACACGUACCUGCUGGUGACGCCGUGUCUUCUGGGCGCCGCCGGCGGCCUGCUGCUGAUGGCGCCCUCGCCGCUGCUGCCGCUGCCGCCCUCCCGCUGGCUGCUCGGGGUCGGCAUGACGCUCAAGGAGCUGUGCCAGGGCGGCGCCUACAUCCCCAUCUUCAGCCGGCUGCUGAUGGCCUGCACACGCGGCGGCCUCGACUCGAGCGUGCACACGCAGGCGUUUGUGUCCAGCGCGUUCUGGACGGUGUUCUCGGUGGGUAACGUGGUCGGCCCGACGGUGGGCGGGGCGCUCAUCGACCGCUGGAGCUUCCCGGUGCUCACCACUGCGCUGGCCGGCUUCAGUGUGCUGGCGGCGGCCGCCAGCGGCGCCCAGGCGCUGCGCAUUCAGCUGGCGCUCAACAGGGAGCCAGUGGUGCGGCGGGAGACGGAGGCUGACCGCCCUGACGGCGAUCAGACGGCCAGACGGUCAGAGGAGGGGUGAGGGUCGGUCAGACAGACGGCCAGGGGGAGCCUGACGGCGGUCAGUCGGACAGACGGCCGGGGGAAGGGUCACCUCAGUGGACAGACGGCCAGUGGAGGGGUCAGGUCUGACGGAUAGACGGCCAGUGGGGUGCUGAGGCCGGCCGGACUGAAGACCAGGGAGCGGUGAGCCAGCCAAACCAGGGGUUAGUGGGGAGCGCUGACCGCAGCUGAUCGACUGAUGUCGCCAGGCAGCUCAGGACGAGUCAGUGGUCAUACGAUCAUACCGGAUCAUUUACACCAGAGCGGGCCGGGCCGAUACACAUUGCCGGCUUACCUGAAGCCAUGUUAGUGCGGUCAUUGCCCCCCCC